AUGAAUGCAGUAAUGGACGAUUGUUUUCAACAGUUUUGUACUUAUUUAAAAGAUAUCAAUUUAUGGUUAUUGAAGUUUGAAAACAUGAUAGAGAAUGAUGCAAUGUGUCAGGAAAAUAAUACUACCAAGGCAUUGAAUUACAAUAAUAAAUUGUUACAGUUAACUUGUGGGUGUCAAAUUGACGGCAGAACAAUCGUGAUUGAGAGCAGAAGUCGAAAGAUGAAUUGGGGACAGUUUAUACAACAGUGA